AUGGUUAAAAAUCAAAAAAUUGCACAAAUUGAUGUUCUUCAAAGAAUUAGCGUUUGGAAAAAAUAUGAACAUGCUUCCAUCACAAUAGUGUUAAAUAGUAUUUUAGGUCAAGAAACAAUGCUAUUUGAUAACAACUGCAAAAUUCUUUUAAUCACUGUUCUCUCUAUUAUUGUCAUCCUUCAAAACACCACCAAUUGGCUAUUGAGACCAGGUUCUUCAUCUUCGUCAUCGUUGAUGAGAUACGAUAAUUUUCUUUUCGAUAUUGUUUAUACUUAUGUCAACGGCAGUAAUGAAGAGUAUAAACGGGAGAAAGAAUAUUGGUUUUCCAUCUACCAACCACUUUUGGGCAGUGAUCGUCUUCAGAAACGUCACAGUAUUUCAUCGAGUUUAUCGAAAGACAACAAUGAGUUAUGUUUUUCAUUAAGAAGUAUUGAAAAAUUUAUGCCUUCAUUUCAUGGACACAUCUAUGUUGUAACUGACCAGAUACCUAAUUGGUUAAAUAUUUCAAAAUCACAAUCACAACUUCGUGUGAUCUCAACUAAAGAUAUUAUAGAUCAUAGAUAUCUUCCAACAUUUAAUUCUCAUGCUAUCGAAGCUAAUCUUCACAAAAUACCACAUUUGAAAGAAUUUUAUCUUUAUUUUAAUGAUGAUUAUAUACUUGGACGUGCAGUUUCGAUCAAAGAUUUUUUCGUCGAUCGAAGAUGUCCAAUUAUUUACGGUGAUGAUCGUUUAACAUCAAAUACUAAUAUUGCAUUGAAUAUUCAUAAGAAAGCAAUGCUGAAUACAAAUUUUCUACUCGACAAUCUAGUGCCUAGUACAAAUUUAAAUGCGAGCGAUCGGCACUUUCUUCCACAUGCUCCACAUCCAAUCAGAAAAUCGAUUGCCAAAGAAGUUUGGCUCUCGAAAUUCACCAAUAUUCAUCGUGCUCAAUCAUCGCACCGAUUUCGUGACAUGAAUGAUGUUCAUCCAAUUUAUUUCAUUUCUCGAUAUUUAAUUGAACAAUCAAACGUGUGUGUCGAACAACGACGAAUGAAAAGUGCUUGUCACUCUGAUGGAGAAGAUUUUUGUAAUCAAGUACUUAAAAAUAAUUUUACAGAAGCGAAGCAAUUUUUUGAUGAACUUCGUCGGCGAUCACAGAUGCCAAAAUUUUUGAGCAUUAACGAUCGUACAAGUGCAAAUUAUACGAAUCAGGGAAGAAUUCAUAAGGAAUUUCAACGCUUUUUAAAAGAAAGGUUUCCGAAAAAAAGUAAAUUCGAAUCGAAGGAUUGUACAAUGUGAAACGAAAGUAUUUUUUUAUUCAUUGAUAAACAGAAAAGUAAAAAAUAAAAGCGAUAGAUGCAAAUGUCUCAUCAAUAAGUCUAUUAGUUCGAGUCUUCUUUUCAGGAUAUUUAAGGGAGUCGAUGUAGAUGGCUGUAGUUGCUCUUACUACCUACACCUAUGCCCACACUGACACUUCGAAUUAAUGGAUAUUACGAAUACAAUACCAACUGAAUCACAGGUUUCUUUCUAUCGCUUGUCUAGCAUGGACGAAUGCGAUAUUACGAUCUGUAUUUGUAGAUAGAAAGUUAUUAAGUGAUAAUAGGCCGCUUUGUGUUUUCGUCAAUUGAUCAAACUCUUUCGAGAACAGAAUUUUAUUAUAGUAGGUGAUAAAUUAAAGUACAUGAUGGUGAUAAUUGAAUUGAUAUUUGUGAAGAUGAUCUAUAUCAGCACAGCCAUCCAGGUUGAAAAAGCAUGAUGGUAAACGACCUUAUAUAGCAAGAUACGACGGAUUACGAUGGUCAUAUACGAUGUCUCUAUACGUCAAUCGUAUACGAUUCAAUACGACGCUAUACGAUAGUCGUAAACGGUAUUCGUAUACGAACGUAUAAUCGUCGUCUACAACCCUACGGAACUUUCCUUCUAUAAAAAAAAUGUUUUUGAACAAUUAUAUCAGUUACAACUGCACGAUGAACAGUGCAUAUGCUUUUUUAUAAGAAACAAUUUUCUUCUGCGCGGUCCCUUUCGAUCGCAAACGAACAGUGAAUAUUAUUUUAAACUAAACAAUCUAUUAUUCUUUUUUUUUAAAAUUUAUAUCAACAGCAACAUGAACAGUAAGUAUUUAUUUAACUAAGUAAUUUUUUUUUAAAUUUCUACAUUUUUCAAAACGAUAUAUCAAACAGUAAGUAUCUUUUAUUUGAAUAAAUUUUAUUUUUUAUUGUUAGAUUAAAUACUCUUUAGUUUUUAUUUUUUAGAUUAAAUAAAUUUAUUUUUUAUUUUUUAGAUUAUUAAAAAAGAUAAAUGAAAUAAGUAAGUAUGAAUUUAAUUAAACAGGAAUGUCCAAUUUGGCUGGAGAUCCAAAUUCUUCUUUUUUUAAUGCAACUUUGAUAAUAUAUCGAUACAAUACGAUGAUAUAUCAUUGAAGCUGCAUGAGAAAAAAAAGUAUUGGGGGCUUCAGACAGAUUGGGCACGCCAAAGAUUAAUUUUUCUAUUUUUGGAGAGUGGAAGAGGGGAGAAAAGCUUAUGUGGAAUACGAUGGUAAUCGAUGUUGUAUACGACGGUCGUAAUACUCGGUCUGAGCACGUAAUUAUAUCCAUCCUUGGGGAAAUUCGAUUUUCGAAUCGAAGAAAUCUGACCAUGCUACAUUGAAGAGCGCCUUCGAUAAUGUUGAGAGUCACUCUUUGUCAUUUUAGAUCAGUUUAUCAGAACUGAAGUUAAAGUCGAAACCUAUUCAGGUCUGCAGCCAUACAAGAACGAAACAUCAAUACAAAUAUUUUGGGCUCAUUUUGACCUUCGAAUCAAGCAAAUUAAAAACUACUUUCUACAGACUUUAGUAGAGCUUAGUUUACUCUUUCAGAUAAUCACUAUAACAUCCUUUCGUCUAUUUUCAUGAUGUGGCCAAUCUCCUCAUUUCGAGUGUCCGCGCAUCACGAAAUUCCACUGUCUUAUUAUGAGAUAAAAAUAGUGUCCCGUUUUCAAAAGCUGAGAGACAUGCUCUGUUAGUAGCAUCGAUGCGCUGUCCAACAAUACUAAAUUUAUUAAACGUUCAAUCUUGUCCCUAUCGUCAAACGUGUUGUGACGCACGGAUACUACCAACAUCAUUGCAUAUCAGAGAGGAUAUUUCUUUAUACGAUUAAGAUCUAACGAUCGAGUUUCAAGCCGAAAUUUCGCCGAUAGAUAGAUAUCAAGGCUCUCUCGACUAAAGAGAGGGUCGUGUGAAAUAAAAAGAGUUUGUAAGCUUGUAUGUUUGCAAGCAUGUGUUGAGUCACGUGUACACAUACACUUGCAAGGAUUCAGAGCAGUUAUUUUCAACUAGGGCUGCGAAGUUACCGUUAUCAGAGGCUUACAUUACCGGGAAACUGAUAACGGACAAUUCGAUACUUGAUUUUUUGAGUAAGAAAAUAAUUUUUUGACAAAAUAACAAUAUUUUAUAUAGGUUGAAGAAAGGUAUUAGGGCUUGAGAAAUCGACAUCUAUAGUCGACUUCUGAAAGCCUUAAUAUAGAAUUGUAUAGUCAAGGGAAAGUGUUUUUUAAGAAAAUGAUGAUUUUUUGCUGGACUGAACACAGAGUCACAUGAAAUAAGAUGGAUUUUUGGUCUGGUGGUCAUCUGGAGAGUAACAUAUUCAGAUGUGUCAGCGUGAUUUCAGGCUCGAUUAUCUCAAUAACAUCAAAUAUAUAUGAUGUUUUUUUCCAGUCGCGAAUGCAGCCAAAUAAAAAGUUUUAGUGUUCAUCUAUCAGCCCCUCAAGGUUUAUUUAGCUAGCAGUUCAUUUUAUGUGUAGAUGUGAGUUGCGGUGUAAGUGUGGGUGUAGUCAAAGAGUACAUCUACCUACCCACACCCACAUCGUAAACGAUAAAAAACGAUCGCCGUCUUUUAACCAUUUUCCGUCAGCUCGGAUUAUGGGCCAUUUUUUCCUCGGAAUGUAAAUGGCGCUGUUUAAGGUCGUUUCCGGUGAGUAACAAUGAGCAGUAUCAGGACCGCAUUUUCGCCGUAUAGUGUCUUAUUUACACCGAUUUUUCUGGUUUACGACUCUAUUUAUAUGCUGCUCCAGAACGAGCAUUACAGCAGUCGUUAACAGUCGUAUAAGGCGUCGUUUAUCAUCGUAUUCGCAUAAGCGGCAUCUCAUUGAAGAGGAACACGAUUGUUUUCUCCUCUCUUCACCUUCCGUAUACACAAGAAACAAAAUUUGUUCAUUUAAAUCAAAUACUUAUGUGUGGGUGUGCGUGGGUACGGAUGUAUUUAAGUGAAGAGAAGACCCACAUCCACAAUCACACCCAUCCUUUUCAAUAGAUCUGAAAAACUUUAUGAAAAUAGCGAUGUUUUGAUAGGAAAGGAGCGUUUUUUCUUUUAUCAGAACCCUUUUUUUAGGAAAGAAGGCCACAAGAGUCGCUAGCUCUAAAUGUCAGCUUUCACGCAAAAGAAAUGCUUAACUUUAUCUUCUAACUUAAGAGAAUACCAUUGAAGAUGCGUCCGUCGAGCCAAAGCUUUGUGAAAACGUGAAAUAAGUUUUUGACAUAUUUUCUAUACUGUAAUGAAAUUUUAAUUGGUAUAAACAAGCAUGUAAUGUAUUAGUUCACACUACUCACUAGUUUUGCAUCUUGCCAUAAAGUCACCAGCAUAAAUAGGUGUUUCUCAUAUCAUUUAAGUUUAUUUCCACUGCUUGUCUCUAUUCAGAGUUCGUAUGUGGAUGUAGACUUUUACUUUAUUCCCACUCGACACCUACACACCCAUGGUAACUUUGAUAUUAUUUUGAGAAAAGGCUAUGAGUUUUUUCCUUUUUUCUUAGUAGUUAUUUGUUAGAAACAAUCUCCAUUACAUAGACUAUUUGAUAUUAUUGAGAAUAUUUGUAAACGGAAUUUUUCCAUAAUUGCUAUACUAAUUCUGACAAAACAUUUCUAAAGGAUGAAAACCCUUUAAGGUUUCCUUCUCAAAAAAAAUUCAGUUUUCGUCACAAGCAUGAAAAUUGAGAUAAGUAUAUGGGAAGAUAGUUCGAAGUUACUCUUGCAAAAAUGAUAUAGCUUUUUAUUUGAUAUAUCGGAUUUUUUACAGAAAUUCUUUAUGAUUUUUGUCAUGCCUCACUUGAAAAAUAAGCUAUAUUUAGAAAAAUUGGAAAAUCUUUUUCGAUUUCUCUCGAUUAAUGCAAUAGAUAUUUUUUGAUAGAAAGAACAUGUCAAGGUGCAGAGUAUGAUAGAGCCCGUUUUUUGAAUUAAGCUUUGUUACUAGUAUAUGAAAGAGUACUGCUAUUAUGAGAGCACCAUUUUUUAAAAGUUUUUCGAGACAUUGAAAUUUUCAUCCUUAUUCUCCUCUUGAAAAUUAAAAAUUAAAAAAAGUGCUCUGUCAUGCCCUCCAUAGUCUUAACAUGCUCUUUCAAACAAACAAAAAGUUAAGUCUAUACAAUGAAGGUCCACAGAGAACUUUGGGUCGUUAAAUGAGCUAUUUUUAACCCUUGUUUGUUAAAUAUCUCUCAAACAUAUCAUGCUAUAGGCUGAAAAUAUUGUCAUAGCAUUUUCAUGACAACUGCAACAUAUCCUGAAAAUAUUAUGCGAUUUGAAUUUUUCUGGGCCAAGAUCAUCUUUUGAGGAGGAGAGUACCUAAGGCAGUUGUUUAGAAUGAUUCACUUAAUAAUAAUUAUCUAACCUGGAUAGCAUACACUGUAGACUAUCUGACUCUCUCUUGUUCUAAAAAAGGUGUGGGUGUAGUUGUAAGUAUGUGAAAAGAAUAUCCAAAAUCACAGCAAUAGUUGCAUUCACAUGCACAUUCUUCUCUUUUUUUGAGUCAUUCGAACAACUAAGGCAUAGUUAAACGCCAUCUAAUGAUUGGCAGCUUGAGUCAUUGUCAAAACAUAUCAUAUGAUUCGCUUUCAAUCUUUCUCAAUCGUAAUAUCACACCUGACCAAUUGAUUCUCUACAUUAUUUAUGAAAGCAGGGAUCAUAUUUCAUCCUGAUGAAUUUCAUUUUAGAAAAUCGCUUGAUAAUGUUGAAUUUUAACAGCUUCACAUUAAAAUUCUUACUUUCUUGAUUUCUUUAUUAUCGUUUUAUUAUUUCUUAUCAAUCGUAAAAAAUUUCGAAAGCAAACAAAAAUGAAUGUAUUUAGGAAAAAAAAGAAAUUCAUCACUAUUUUUACUCUCAUUAUUAUUAUCAAAUGUAAAGAGAAUUGUUUCAUUAGUAAAUUUAAAUACUUCACACCUCUGGCUCUCAUCUUUAAGAUAGUCUGCCUAUACAUGCAUCGUCCAUUCUCUCUUCAUACAUUCGAAAAUAUCAACAAACAAUGGUUACAUGUAAGACGAAAAUUAUCUGUAUACAUACUCUCGUAUCUGAUUAUCUGCACAUGUUCCGUUAAUGUGAAAAAACUACUGGCCAGUGUAUCUUUCUCGUUCUUUCUUGAUACAUUAAUUAAAGGUAAGAUUCGUCAUGUGCAGGAAGAGAAAAACUUUUUCUACUAGUUCUUCUAUUUGACUGCUAAUUUUUUUUUUCUCAUUAAGAUGAAAGGAAAGUAGUCUACGCAUCAGUUAUUACUGCUUUAAAAGGGGACUAAAACGUGCUCAUUUCACAUUAUUUUUAUUUUUAUUUUUUACAUUCAUUUGGAUUCAAAGCUAGUAUACUCACUAGUUGUUUUUCAAUCUCAAUCAUCAUUGGACAUUAUUAAACGGUAAUUACGAAUAUAGUAUUUGCUUUGAGUCAUUGCUUUUUAGAUGAUGUCCGUUGAUAGCAGAUUGCCAGUUCAUAUUUUUAAUUAGUUGGUUUGACAGUGAGAACAUUCAUCUGAUCCGACUAUAAUCAAUCGCCUUAGCUUACAGUGCACUGUCUUUUACGCUAAGCUAUAUAAUGGUUGUGUUGUUUUUCUUUACUAUGAAAUACUUUUGGAAACAACGUAUGAGUCAAUAAACAAAAAAAAAGUAAAGCCUUUUGUACAAGUAUGUCAACAUGAUAGCCC